AUGGCCGUUGAACUCGAUGAAGGCGAUCUCGACACUUUGUCACACUGGCUCCGCCCUUGGGUCUGUGCUCGUUUGCAGCAUUUAUACCUAGAGUCAUUCGAGGGGCAAGUAGUGUCGCAACUGGCUCCGGACAUCUCGGCAUACCUUCCCAACCUACGCUCUCUCACUCUCGUCUUGCAAGAUGCUGACGAAGCAUGGGAGCUUCCCGCCCAACUUUGCGCGUUGUCAGGCAUCACCGAAUUGGCCAUAUCUGGCUUUCGAUUCCCUUGGGACUCGGCUAUGUUUUCGCCACGCCUCGAGCGUCUCAGAGUACACAUGCGCGGGGGAGAUUAUCUUUCGAUGCAGCCCACUUACGCUCAAUAUCGAGACAUGUGUGCAAUGAUGCAUCGUCUCCGUGAACUCGAUUUCUUGGACGUCGUGCCUAUCAAUCCUACGGAAGAUCUCAUACAUAUGCCAAGGACAUUGCGAAACUUCAACUUCACCUCAUACAGCGCAAUUUCAGCAGUGGCUGCCCUUACGCUACUGUCUCACAGCCUAUUACCAGAUGCAUGCACCCGCAAGGCCAGCGUCUUUCACGACUCGACGAUUGACAAUAACGCUAGUGCUGCGGCUGUUGGCACCUGCCUCAACAUAUGCACUUUCAUGGAGGAGGAGGACAUAGGGCCAGCAGAGUUGCUCUGCUCAUCUACUCAGCUGUUGACGUUCAAAAACGAAGUGCCCCGGCGGUCUAUACAUUCCGUGAGGCGCAAAUCGGAUUAUCUCUCUCCCGAGAGGAUGUACCCGCAUGAAUGGUCAUCUUUCGGUCCCUUCGCAUAUCUCCGCAUCACAGGGGUCAAUCUCGAGGACCAUAUUUCCUCUCUUCGCCAAGGUCGGCUACGCGCAAUCACAAUCUUCCACGACAGAAAUAUGAACCUGCAAUCUCUCAUGGAACAGCUCACAGUCUCUGCUCCGUGCAUCUAUCGUGCCCGGGUGUGGAUAUCGGGAGGGCUCCCUAUCUUGCACGCCAUCUCUUGUAACGUCGACGGGAACUUCCCCCUAUUCCCAAAUCUCAGAGUCUUAGUUCUCCACGGCACCACAGCAUCGUCCGAUUGCGAAUCAGAUCUCUUUGCCGAGUUAAGCGCGUUGACGGCCUGUAUCGCAUGUCGUAAAAACGAGGGCUCGCCUCUUCAAGAAGUAGUCGUCUCCAAGGAUUCAGCUUCGUGGGGCAUCUGGGACGCACUGAAGGGCGACGUGCAGAUUACCUUUUUGUAG